AUGAUCGUAGCAAUAGUCUUAUGUCAGGCGUACCACUACAUGAUUGCAGGUGGUUUAUUAUAUGGAUAUGUUGCAUCAGGAGAUUGUAUGGUUUUCUUGGCUAUCCAGGGCACGCCCGGGGUUUUGUAUUUCCAUUUUGUACCAAGUUCCAUGGACAUUGAAGGGCAACAGCCUACAGCCGACAUUACAAGAUCCACACCUGCUACACAAUUAACGACGUUAGUGCCUCUCGUACUAGAAGCAGAAACCCAACCUCUGCAAUGGGUCAAAGCCCUUAGAGACCUCCGACGAUGGCCAUCUGCCAAGAAUAUUAUCGAUUCUCAGAGCCAAGGUAUUGGAGGUCCCUCGCUCCCUCCUCCUCCUCCACCACCCAAUGAUGACGACGAGCAAGAAGGCGGCCCGAGACCGCGUAAGAUUGCUAAGCGGACCAGAGAAGGGUCGCCACCCAAGGGCAACAGGCUGCACUCCACAUCCAGCACCUUGGUUGCGAAGGGAGUUCAGGCUGUGUAUGCAGACGCGCUCGUGAGAGAAGCCUGUAUCUAUUCCCAUUGCAAGAAUCUACAGGGCAUCUAUAUACCUGUUCACCUUGGUAAUAUCGACCUUGUCGUCUCCUACCCGCUUCAGUCCCUGGCAUAUAUUAAGCAUAUGAUGCUGAUGUCAUGGGCAGGCACGACCCUCGAAGCCUAUAUACCAGAUGGCAUAGAUAUAGGUAAUGAGAUUGAUAGGACGGUUGGAAAGCUGAAUUCUGCCGGUAUUUGUAACGGCGACGUGCGAGAUACAAAUCUUGUCUGGAACGAGGAAGUUAAGGGGGUAAUGGCCAUCGAUUUUGACCUGGCAUAUAUAUAUACCGCUGUCAAGAGAUCGUACGAGUCGGCUUCAGAUGAAUAG